UUCCUUUUUCGUAUGAAGGCUCUCUUGCCUUGGGCAUGUAAAUCCUUUCACACUUUGCAAUUCACACCAAAAGGAGCGCGUCUACACGCUCUCCUCACACGGCAUCAAUGAUUGUAUGGAAGUAAACUCCACGCUCUUCGAGUGCGAGUAUCAAUUGUCAAUCCACUUUCUCACCCCAUCAUCAACUCUCCGAUUCCGAUCGACUCAGACACACAACAAAAUCCCCAAAGCCAACCCACCCCAAAACUCACAGGGCUUUUCAGAAUAAUACCAACCUCUUUCAAUGGCGGACACCACCGCAGAAGUAGAGCAAGAAACACCUCCACCGCCAUCAUCAUGCUACUCGGUGAUUCUGAGAAUUAUGAGCAAAAGGAGAACAUGGGUAUGUAUGUUCGUGCUAGUAUACGCUAUCCUCCUUACUUCUUCAUGGAACUUCCUCAAAUCCUUGCUCUCCUGGUACGAAUUGCAACCCCACUCGUCUUCGUCAUCGUACGGAUGGCCUGCCCUUUACGCCUCGGUGCUUCUGGGGGUGGUUUUCGGGCUGCUUUCGAUGUUCGCGGCGCUUGCAGUGAUGGUUCCGGCCACUCUGGUGACGUGGAUCGCCAUCGUGGUUCUGCUGGCCUUCUUCGGGAAGCCGAGGAGGGCGUUGGUGGUGGAAGGGAGGAAGAUUACGAGAGAGAUUGUUGGGAUUGUGAUGAGGAUUUUGUUGAAGGAAGGGAACUUGGUGGCUGCUGGUUGUGCUGUUUUGGGGUAUUUUGCACUUUUUAGGAGGAAUGGGAAUGAGGUGAUUGACUGAUUUGGUUGUUGGGGUUUUGGAUUUUGGCGGAAGCCAUGGCGAUUAGAGGACCUUUUCGAUUGAAUGUGAUUCACUUGAGAUUGUUUUGGCGUUGAGGACCCAUUGGUUAACCUGUAUCCGAUGGGGCAGAUUAUCGAAGACACGAAGUCCUUGCUUCCGACAUUCACUUAAGUUACAUGUACCCGUAUCCGUCGCCAAGCCAACAAUUUAGUGCAUCGUUCGGCUCGUUAUGGUCUUAGUGUAGAUUACAUUUGUGUAUGUUCUGGUAAUCCUCCUAUUUUUGUUGUAGACACUUGAUGAGGAGAAUGUAUCCCAGUAAUAUGGUAGUCAUCUCUGCCUUUUUUGUAAACCA